AGCAAUCCCAAGAACAGCGUUUACCGGUGGUGAUAUUUUGAGAGAGAUUUCUAUAAGAAGUCACCCAUCGCCACUACAUUUGGCAGACAAAACCCUUUCUUCAAUGGAUGCUGGCAGCACAAUCCACAAGCAAUCAGCCUCUCGUCUAACCGUGAUAGCACACUUGUUUGGCAUCUUGGCUAUAAUUCUCAUGCUGGUUUGGUUAUUGCAUUAUCGCGGGGGCAUCGAGUAUGAUUCUGAUAAUCCUGAUCGUGUUUUCAAUGCUCAUCCGUUUUUUAUGUUCUGCGGACUCAUAUUUCUUGCUGGGGAAGCGAUGAUGACAUACAAAACAAUAUCAUCGGCAAUGAUUGUCCAGAAUUCUAUCCACAUGUUCCUCCAUUUGAUUGCCCUGUGCCUUGGUAUUGCUGGCGUAUGUGCUGUUUUCAGGUUCCAUGAUAUGAUCCAAGCAGAGGAUGUUUAUAGCUUGCAUUCAUGGGUUGGGUUGAGCACCUUCUGUUUAUUUUGCUUGCAGUGGGUGCUCGGCUUCUUUACAUUCAUGUUUCCAAAAGCUGGGAAACAAACAAGGGCAUGCAUGCUUCCAUGGCACGUAUGUGGGGGGAGAGCACUGUUAUAUAUGGCAACAUGUACAGCACUGACUGGGUUAAUAGAGAAAGCUGCAUUCCUCGAGCUAAAGCAUCAUUGCGAGUCUCAUUUGAUUAACUUCACCGGACUCUUUAUCCUUCUCUUCGGCAUAUUCGUUGACCUCUCGGUUGCUAUUGCCCGUUAUGUGUGAUGAUUCUAUACUACCUUCCAUAUUUUGUAUCUGUAUUGGGUAGUAGUUUUAAUUUCAUACAAGUUGGCUAGAAUUGCUUAAGAUCUAAUAGAAAUAUAGUU